UGCAAAGUCAGGUCGUUAACUUAUGAGUAAUUUUAGAUUACUCUAACCAAUCAAAUUCCUAGAAACCACAUCACCAGAAACGUGUCACAAUCUUAUUGGCUGACACUACGUCAAUUCUCAUAUAAACAUCGUCAAAGCCGGCUCACUCCGUCGUCACGAAAAUGAAGUCGCCAUCAGCUUUACUCUUGUGCUCUCUACUCCUCAUCGGAACCCUAGCUCUCACUCAGGCUAAGAAAUCAGACAAAGAUUUGACUGAUGUGACUCACAAAGUAUAUUUCGAUGUUGAGAUUGCUGGAAAACCUGCUGGAAGAAUCGUUUUUGGUCUUUUCGGAAAUACAGUUCCUAAAACAGCAGAAAACUUCAGAGCGUUGUGCACAGGGGAGAAAGGAACUGGGAAGAGCGGGAAACCUCUUCACUACAAGGGAAGCGCGUUCCACAGGAUUAUCCCGAGCUUCAUGAUUCAAGGUGGCGAUUUCACACUUGGAGAUGGGAGAGGAGGAGAAUCAAUCUAUGGAGAAAAAUUUAACGAUGAAAAUUUCAAGAUCAAGCAUACUGGACCAGGACUAUUGUCAAUGGCAAAUGCUGGAAAAAACACCAAUGGGUCACAAUUCUUCAUCACAACAGUCACAACCAGCUGGUUGGAUGGUAGACAUGUUGUGUUUGGGAAAGUGUUGUCUGGGAUGGAUGUCGUUUACAAGAUGGAAGCUGAGGGAACACAAAGCGGAUCACCAAAAAGCAAAGUUACAAUUGUGGAUAGCGGUGAACUACCUUUAUAAUUAUCUUUAUGUUUUAGGUUUGUUGACACCGUUUUUCUUGUUCUCAGAGAUGUUAAUGUUGUGUAUCGGGCAUACAUCUUCGUUUUAACUAAAACCUUUUGAGUUUAAUAGUGUUUUCCAUAUGUUAUGAAUAUGAUCCAUCUCGUAUAUGAAGAUGUGUUCUGUUUUU